GCGUUCUUUUUUAGUUUCAAACUAGUAACCAGCUGAGAAAGUCAGGCAGCGGUAGUGCAAGCGAAAUAAACAGCCAAAGAAAAAAAUAGCUUCCUUGGUAUUGAAACGCAUUCUUUUUAAUCCUACCGAUCGAUUUAGUUUAUUGAGAAGGAUUUCCACCAUGGUUAACGUAAAAGUCGAAGAUUUUGGUUCAAUGACCGAUCCAAUGACAAAACAACCAAAAACUGUCAAGGUCAUUACCCUAACCAAUGAUCAUCAGAUGACAGUGCAAGUCCUGACAUUGGGUGUGAAUAUAGCCAGUGUUCGUAUUCCCGAUAAGGCGGGAAAAUUGGAUGAAUUGUCAUUGAGUUUUGAUACGCUGCAAGGAUAUAUUGACACGCAACCAGCCUAUAUUGGUGCCACCAUGGGACGUGUCGCCAAUCGUGUGGCAAAUGGUCGAUUUAAAUUGAAUGGUCAGGAAAUUCAAGUUACCAAAAAUUUCAAAGACAAAUAUCAGCUGCAUGGUGGUUUUGUGGGAUUCGACAGUGUCAUUUGGGAUGUGGUCGAGACCCUUGCAAAUGGUGUAGUUUUGAGACAUGUCUCUCCCGAUGGCCACGAGGGUUAUCCCGGAGUAGUGACAUGCAAUAUAUCCUGCACCCUGAAUGAUAACAAUGAGUAUCGCAUGCAAAUCGAAGCUACAACGGACAAGACCACCUGUGUCAAUGUCACCAAUCAUGCGUAUUUUAAUUUGGCUGGCCAUAAUUCAGGCAAGGAAGGUCUGGGACAGCAUUUGGUACAAAUAAAUGCCGAUGAAAUCGUGGACACCGAUUUGGACCAAAUACCAACGGGAAAGUUCGUUAAAGUUGAGAAUACCGUUUACGAUUUGAGAAAUCCUGCAAAAAUGUCCGAACGUUUGCCUCUGUUUGCCCAAUUACCCAUCAAGGGCUAUGACAAUUGUUAUUGUGUUAAAUUGGAUGGCGACAAGACGACACGCAUUGCCCGUGUAGAACAUCCGGAGAGUGGUCGUUGGUUGGAAAUGUAUAGCAAUCAACCGGGUGUUCAAUUUUAUACUUCAAAUAAUUUACCAGAUGUUGAGAAUGGGGCGGCUGCCAUGUCGGGUAAGGGUGGUGCAAAGUACGUCAAACAUGGGGCAUUUUGUUUGGAAACCCAAAAAUAUCCCGAUUCAAUGAAUCAUGAGAAUUUUCCAAGCAUUUUCCUUAAUCCUGGAGAGAAAUACUAUCAUGAUGUGAUCUAUAAAUUUGGAAAUUAAACAAUAGGACAGGAAAUUGUACGGAACGCUAAUCAAUCGAAAGGAAUCUCAAUUAUAGCACCUAAAAGAUGUCUAUAAAAAAAAGAAAAUAAAUGUGAAAACAAUAACAAAUAUAUAUGUUUAAUUAAAAAAGUG